UUUGAAAUCAUGGAACAAAAAAAUAACAAAAUUGAUUUAGGCGUCCAAGUCAACAAGCUCAAAAUGAAGAAAAAGGGUUCCAAGAAACACUAUCAAGCGGCCCUUAUCCAUGCCUGUAAUCAAUAUGCCGAGGGGGAGAGUUCACCAGAAAUGCUGAAAGGUGAAGUUGAUUUUCCCAUUGAUGAUGAUGGCCCAAGCAAUGACCAAGAACAACAGGGAUUGGAUGACAUUGGUGAGUCAAAAGAACUAUUCUUUGAUGGAGGGGAAGAUCAAGUGGAUGACAUUCACAGGAAUGAUGGCCCAAGCAAUGAGCAUGAAGAAAAAAACGUGGAUAUAUCUGAUAAAGAGUUGACGGAAUUGAAUGAGAAAGAAAAGCCACCGUUGAAUGAAGAGGUUGAAAAGAUCUCUAAAAUCCGCAACUUUGAUCUUAAUGAAUUUCCCAAAGAUGAUGACGAGUAAAAAUUAGACACUUUUAAUAACUCAUAAAAUAAUAAUUAUGCGACUUUCACUUCAUGAGAAUUUAAAUUUUCUUCAGUCUUUCAUGAUUUAUGCUA